AUGCCCAUUCUUUCCAGGGCUCUCCGCCGCCUUCACGUGCCACAAGUGUGCCGUUUUGCCACAGGUGAGCGGCCUGUCGACAAGCAGAUCGAGCAGCUGAUCGAGUCCGGCGAAGCGGAGCAGGUGUUCGAGAAGGCUAUUUUGCAACAGGGCAAGGGGCACAUAUUGGACACGCUCUCAGAGGUCCAGGAACGUCACGCGGCGAUUCUAAGCCUGGAGCGGUCACUCGGGGACCUGCAACAGGCGUUUGUGGACAUGGCAGUGCUGGUGGAAGCGCAGGGAGAGCUGGUUGACAACAUUGCAAACCACAUCAAGCAAACAGUCAACUACGUGCACAAGGGUACCCAGUCGCUACAGGCCGCGCGGCGGCUUCAGCUUAACACGCGUAAGUGGAUGUGCAUCGGCAUCUGCAUUGUUCUGGUCAUAGCAGUCGUCAUCAUCGUUGGUGCGGUGCAGCCUUGGCAGUGA